CAAAACUUCAAAGCCUUCAAGUUACUCACACCUCUUCUACCAUUUCCUCACGCCUAAUCGUUUACCGAUACUUUUUAUUAUAACUUGCAUUUUAUACCCAUUAAAGUCUGUCUCCUUCGUCCAUUAAUCAGAUCAUAUAUAUAGAGUUUAGUGGUUUGUGGCGAUGGAGAGAUUGACAAAGAUGGUGCAAGAGAAGCCGGUGGUGAUCUUUAGCAAGAGCUCUUGCUGCAUGUGCCACACGGUCAAGACUCUGAUAUGUGACUUCGGGGUGAAUCCGGCGGUGCACGAGCUGGAUGAGAUACCAAGAGGGCGGGAGAUCGAGCAGGCUCUGGCUCGGCUUGGGUGCAGUCCGACGGUGCCGGCGGUGUUCAUAGGUGGUGAGCUUGUGGGUGGAGCCAGUGAAGUGAUGAGUCUUCACCUCAGUCGCUCCUUAAUCCCCCUGCUUAAAAGGGCUGGAGCUUUAUGGGUUUAAAGUUGAUUAAUUAAAUUAAUCGGCGGCACCCAUAAUAAGCAUCGUGUUCCUGUGAUGAUGAUCAUUUGCUAACUGGUUAUUUACAUAUAGUGUAUAUCUAUACACUUUGAAGAUGACAUAUGAGAUAUCAGUAGGUAGGUGCCGGA